CGGGUAGCGGAUCAGCAGCAACGGUUCAUCUAUCUCGCCGUGGCUGUUGGCUACUAUCCCGUAAGGACUCCAUCUCGCGCGCCGCCAUGAGUGAACCUCCGUCCUAUCCCCCAAUUGAUCCCACCACCUUCGACCUUGUCGUCGUCGGAACCGGCUUACCACAAUCCGUGAUCGCCGCCGCAGCCUCUGCUUCAGGAAAAUCCGUACUUCACGUCGACCACAACAAAUUCUACGGAUCCCACUUCUCAUCUCUCUCCAUCUUGGAACUCACCUCUUUCCUCAAUAACAAUUCUACUUCCCUACAGCCGAUGUCCUCCUCUACCAUCGAAACCGGCUGCGACGAUUACUCCGUCGUAAAUCUCGCCAUCCGCCCUCUCUAUUCAGACGUCGAGAUUUCCUCACUUUCCGCUAACCCUUUGGAAGAACACUCUAAUAAAUUCAAUCUCGAUGUGUCGGGACCUCGGGUUUUAUUUUGUGCGGAUAGGUUCAUUGAUCUUUUGAUAAAGUCUGCGGCAAGUCAGUACGUGGAGUUCAAGAGCGUAGAUGCAAGCUUCGUGGGCGAUGAGAGUGGGAAGCUGUGGAAUGUGCCGGAUUCCAGGGCUGCUAUAUUUAAAGACAAGAGCUUGAGCUUGAUGGAGAAGAAUCGAUUGAUGAGGUUCUUUAAGCUGGUGCAAGGACAAUUGGCUGCUUCAUCUGGUAGAGAUGGAGAAAAUGGGAAUCAAGGGGAGGAAGUAGAAUCAGAGACUGCGGGAAUCUCAGAGGAGGAUUUGGAGAGUCCAUUUGUUGAUUUCUUGACAAAUAUGAAAUUGCCAUCCAAGAUUAAAUCGAUUAUCCUAUAUGCUAUAGCCAUGGCAGAUUAUGACCAGGACAACAAAGAGGAAUGUAAAGAUCUACUCAAGACAAAAGAUGGAAUAGCUCGCUUGGCUCUGUAUCAAUCGUCAGUUGGCAGGUUGACAAAUGCACCUGGGGCUUUUAUUUAUCCUAUUUAUGGUCAAGGGGAACUGCCACCAGCCUUCUGUCGCCGUGCUGCAGUCAAAGGAAGCAUUUAUGUUUUGCGAAUGCCAGUGAUUGCUUUGCUUAUGGACAAGAGUAAUGGCAUGUACAAAGGCAUAAGAUUGGCUUCUGGCCAGGACAUAUUUAGCCAGAAGCUUGUUCUGGAUCCAUCCUUAACAGUUCCGUCACCCUCAGCUUCUCCAUUGGGUUCUUUCCAUGAAAGUUUCCUUUUUCUAUGCAUGGGAGAUGUUAAACAGAAGGUGGCUAGGGGAAUAUGCAUUAUGAGAAGUUCCUUGAAGCCAGACAUAUCAAAUUUCCUGGUUGUAUAUCCUCCCCAAUCAUUGUAUUCUGAGCAGAUUACAUCAAUUCGAGCUCUCCAGAUUAGUGGCAACUUAGCUGUUUGUCCUCCGGAUAUGUUUGUGCUGUAUCUUUCAGCUUUGUGUGAUAAUGCCCAUCAGGGAAAGAAGUUACUAAAUGCAGCUAUAAAUUCCCUUUUCACUUGUCCUGAUCCUGUGACUCGUGAAAACAGUUCUGUAGAUAGAAUUGAGAACACAGAACUAAAGCCCACUCUGCUUUGGAGUGCAUUGUAUAUUCAGGAGCUUACAACGGGUCAAUUUGAUUCGAUCAGCUCCACUCCCAUGCCCAGUGGAAAUCUGGACUACAAUGAUGUCUUAGAUUCAGCUAUGAAGCUGUUUCAGAAGAUGUAUCCAAAUGAAGAGUUUUUUCCAGAUACAGCGGAGCACGAUGAUGGCGUCAGCUUAGAGACAUAGAGGACUCGCUUUACCUGUGCCCUUUUAAUGUUAAGAGUCCAUUUAUCUUCCUAUACUGUCUGCAACUGCAAGAAUGGUUUGGCAUUACCAUUUGCUAAAUGCAUUCCUGAAUUAGGUGAGAAACUUCAGAGGGGUUAGCAUUUGCUUUUUAAGUUGCUGGAUUGCACCACCCAAGCCCCAGUUUUUGUUGUAAAGUAUAAAAGGAGCUGAUUUGGAAGACUUCAAAAAUACGCAACAUAUUUGUUCGCCAACUUAACUGUUUUAAUCUUUCCAAGUGCUUUAAUUUCUUCAA